AAAUUAGGUACAUGCGUAUUCUACAAGAUUGCUGUAUUUUGUUGUCAUGCCUAAACAUUUUAAUAUCCAGGAAAAGUUGUGUGAUAAAUCUCUUGAAAAGUUUCAGGAGCCAUAUUGCUCGUCAGUGUUUUGAAGUGAUAUCAAUUAAGACAAUAAAUUCAUAUUACAUUAUUUAUGAAAAUCGAAGAAUGUCUUCUCCAAGAGCUGGAAAGAGACGUCUGGACACAGAUGUUAUCAAGCUUAUCGAAAGCAAGCAUGAAGUUACCAUAUUGGGUGGAUUGAAUGAAUUUUGUGUGAAAUUUCAUGGACCUAGAGGAACACCAUAUGAAGGAGGUGUUUGGAAAGUGAGGGUGCAUUUGCCAGAACACUAUCCUUUUAAAUCUCCAAGCAUUGGAUUUAUGAACAGAGUGUAUCAUCCUAAUAUUGAUGAAGUGUCUGGCACUGUCUGUUUAGAUGUUAUUAACCAAGCGUGGACUGCUUUAUAUGAUUUGUCGAAUAUCUUUGAAUCAUUUCUUCCUCAAUUAUUAACCUAUCCUAACCCAAUUGAUCCCUUGAAUGGAGAUGCUGCCGCCAUGUAUCUUCAUAAACCUGAGGAUUAUAAGAAGAAAGUUUCAGAAUAUGUGCGGAAAUAUGCAACAGAGGAAGCAUUGAGAGGACAAGAAAAUGUUAGUUCAGACAGUGAAUCAAGUAUGUCAGAUUUUUCUGAAAAUGAAGCGGAAGAUAUGGAGUUAUAACGUAUGCUCCUCAGGAGAAAACUGUUCGCUCAAUAUCUCCACAUAGAUUUAUAUUUUCAGAUUACAUGUGAUGUGCUUACGAGAGUGUAUUUUGGGUGUCCAUAUUCUUUUGCAUUUUAAGAGUUUUCUUGAAUGAUAUUAGUACUGAUUUCAAAUUAUAUUUAUAUUUUCAUUAAAAUUUAUUGUUUAAAUAGUCAGGUGUAAGUUACAUAGCUUUUAUCGAUAUUUCAAUGAUUCUUUUAAUUUUAUUCUUUGACAACAAAAAUGUCAAAAGAUUGUUACAGGUUUUCGGAAAUUAAAUUGAUAGAACCCAAAAAAUCGUCAGCUUAAUUUUUAUAUAUUACAUAAAACUUUUCUACCAAUGAAGAUUUAAGCCAUAAUAGUUUAUAUAAAAGAGGGUUGUAUCCAUUAUUUUCAUUUCCCAAUAUGCUUAAAAUGUUGACGAUAUAGUUGUAUAUUUUGUUUUCAAUUUUAAUUUAAUUCGUUGAGGCCAUUAUGAUCUCAACACACUAUUGUAUUCAAUUCACUAUAUUGCGUUUAGCAUUUUCACUAUUUUUGAUCUUGAUAGUUCUCAAAAAAUAUAUGGAUUUUCAAAAAUAUCAAAAUCCAUUUCACUAUCUGCUAUAUUUCAUGUUUUUUUCUUCUUCCUUAACUGACUUUUCUGAUGAUCAAGUGCAAGACGCAAAAAAUUGUAGCGAAUGCACCUGUAAAAUUUUAGGUUUAUAUAUUUAAUGCUGUAUUUUCAGAUGAAUGGGUUUAUGAAUAAUUGAAGAAAUUCUUAAUUUAAUUGGGGUUAAACGAUAUUUUCUUUAAUCAUUGGUUCAAUUCUAAUACCCCGUAUUUGCAUAAAUUUGUAAUUUCACAUGAGAAAAUUUUUUACUGUAGAAGCUUUAAAUGACAGACAGAAAGAUCUAGACACUCUGCUAAUAUAUCGAUUUAUGCAGUUGUGGGACGUUUGGAAGUCAAUGUAAAUCUAGAAAUUAAUUCGAAGAUCUAUGAUUUACUGUUCAAAUUCACCUUUUUGAAAAAUCAUUGUUUUUAUAGAAGUAUUGAAGUGAACAAACAUACAGCUCUGCCUAUAUUGGCUGACAUGAACUAUAAUUAAUUCCCUAUAUGAUGAAAGUAAGAUAAUAUGGCACAUUCUAAUGUUUGUGAAGGAAUUAUAUGCAAUUCUUAGCUUUCUGAAGAAAAAAAUGCAUGUUGUUUGUAUAUCUGAUACAUUUUAGUCAGGAUGACGAUUAUACCAACGGCUUUCUCUGUGAAGAGUAUGAAUUUAUUUUAAAGGAACUGAAUUCUUAUUUUCACGAGAUGAUUUUAUUGUGAUCAAUAUAAUGUGUUUGACAUAAGUGUUCAGCCUCAUACAUAGUUUAGUCUAAAGCUAUAUUUUGAGAAGCGAAAAAUUUUACUAAUGUUCAAUACUGCAAAAAGGCAAUUUGAUCAAUCAAUUUGAUGUUUUGUGAGUAGCUAGUUCUCCUAGCAGCUCUUUCAAAUAAACACUUUUCAAAAUUAUAGCCAAAAGGCAUUAUUCAAUAGAUAAAUGCCUUUUCCAUCCGAAAAUGAUUGAGGUAUGAAAUAGUUCAAAUGAUUUCAAAGAUGUACAAAUAUUAGAUCAUCAUUAGUUGGUCGAUAAAUCUCAUUUGAAUACAUUUUAUUUUGCUUCAACAUAGAUUUGAUUUUAACAUUGGUUAUGUUGUAAAUCGACUAUUUAUAUAAUCUACGUCGUGAAUUAAAUGAGCUGAAAAAGUUAUGCAGUCUAGAUGGAACAGGGUCCUAUUUUUCAUUACCUGUUCAAAAUGGAUUGUUCCUCAAAUAAUUCAAUCGUUUUCUAUAAAAUUUUGCAUCACAUAACGACGUCAUCAGAUCGUCAUUCAUAGACAAAAAUAUCGAAUCAAAAUACUCAAUCAAUUCUUCACUUACAGAAAAGUGGUUGAAUCAUGCAUAAAUAGGUAUGUUCAACACUUGUUGAUAAAAUAUGCAAACUAUUUUAAUUUUGAAAUUGGAUACACUGCAUUAUUUUACAAAUUAUUUCUGAACAGGUGAGAUUUUGAAUUAUGUAUUUGAUUUAAAAUUUUAGAAAUUUGUACAAAGUAAUUUAACAGUUUAUACAAUUAAUGUUAUGUUAAGUCAUUAAUAUAAUUGUAGUUUUAAA